AUGGAAGCCCUGUUACCUGAUGAUGAUACUUCUCAGGAAGCCAUCGCUCGAGCUCGACUUCAGCGGGAUUUCCUUUCUGCAAUCACAUCCGUGAUAGGGAAACCCAAAACGCUGAAAAGAAGCAUCAAGAGGCUCGACAACUACCUGAGAAAUCCAUUCCUUGACAUCAACUUUGAAAUAGAUGGCAUCUCACCUUUAUCAAAGGCAACUUCGGAAUGGAGAGUGCUCGAUAAACUCUUGCAGCAUGAAGGAAUCGACUUGAAUAUUUGCAACCCUGACGGCAGAACGAGUCUUUUCUCCGCAAUAAAAUGCCCGCAAACCGACUCAUUGAAGCUCUUGAUAAGUCAAGGGGCUGUCCUUGAUCACAGGGAUAAUAAAGGCCGUACUCCUUUAUCACUAGCAGCAGAGCUUGGGCGUCUCGAUCAUUUGGAAAUUCUCGUGGAAUCCAAUGCGGAUAUUAACUCGACGGAUUCAAAAAGCUGGACGCCACUAUUCUGGGCAGUUUCGAGGCAGCACCACGAAACAUUAAAGUACCUCCUUUCAAAUCAAAACGUGGACAUCGACCAUCAAGACUCUAAUGCUCGAACACUUCUGGAAAUCGCUGUAGAGACCAGAAAUAUCGAAAAUAUAAAGUGUCUGAUCGAUGCUAAAGCGAAGGACGGACAAAUAAUUGGGAUUGAACGCGAUCUCCUGAUAUGGGCAAUUUUUCAAAGGGACAUCGAAACUGUCCAGCAUUUCCUCAAGGUCGAUGAGAGCCUGGCUAAUCAUCGCGUGAAAGGUCGCACUCCACUAUCAAUGGCUACAGAGCUUGGAGAUGUUGGAAUAACUAGGCUUCUCAUCGAUGCAAAGGCGGAUGUGCAUGCAUUAGAUGAAAUAAGAUGGCCUAUUCUGAGCAAUUGGCUAUUCGAAACCUAUCUCCCACCCGAUGAGAUUCUGCAGCAAGUGGAUCACUUCUCUGCCAAUUACCAACCAACAAAGCAACCUCCAUUAUUACUUGCAGCAGAGUUCAGGUGCGUCGAAAUCUUGCAGUUGCUGCUCAGUGUCAACGCAAACGUGAACUCCACAGAUGCAAAAGGGCUCACAGCGCUAGCAUGGGCUGUUGAAAAACGACACGACGCGGCAGUCAAGAUUUUACUCGAGAUCCCAGGAAUUUAUUUAGACUCUCGAGAUUUGGCUGGCAAGACUCCUCUGAUCAUGGCAGCAACACUUGGCGAGACCAACAUAUUGAAUCAAUUACUCAACUCCAAUGCAGCAAUUAACUCGGAGGAUAAUGAGAAGUGCACAUCGCUCUCCUGGGCUGUUGCAAAUGGGCAUGAGCAGACAGUGGAUCUUCUACUUAGAAUAUCAGAUGUGUGCGUGGACCACCAAGAUGGAAGGGGUCGUACUCCUUUUUCGCAGGCUGCAGAGCGUGGAUUCAUCCGGAUCAUGCAUUUACUCAUCGAAAAUGGGGCAGAUCCCCAUGUUCAUGAUAAUGAAGGCCAUACGGGAUUUUGGUGGUUCCUCAGAGCGAGACAUGACCUUUUUAUCAGCUGCUCAAAUUGUCUAGUCCGGCCAGGGCUCGGCGGAUCGGUAAACCCUUUCAUUCUCCUACAUUUGAUCUGCGCCCUGAGACUCCCGAAUAAAAAGGAUAAAAGCGGUCGCAACUGGCUCUCAUGGGCAGCUGAAUAUGGCGAUGACGAAAUAGUGCGAUAUUUUUUACAGUCCGAGAACAAGGUUGACAUAAACAUUUGUGAUGGAACUGGAGACACCUUUUCCAGGACUCCAUUGAUCUGGGCAUUGGAAGGGAAACACGGGGCUGUGAUGGAUUUGUUGAAGGAUGGUGACACCACAUCUUUGCAUUUAUUGGUGGAAGGUAUAAGUACAAUCGAAAAAGGGAAGAUACUGGACUUGGUGAGGACACUUCUUCAGGCGGGCUAUAAUGUCAACCAACCUGACCAGAAAGGAAGAACCCCUUUGCAUCUUGCAUGUCUUAAGGGAAGCCUGGAACUUGUUUCGGCUUUGAUUGAAGCCAAAACAGAUCUGGGCUUCAAAGAUCAUAAUAGCGAAAUUCCGUUGCAAUAUGCUUUGAGAAAGCGAAAUAGAGCUAUUGUGGAUCUAUUGCUUAAUGCUUCAUCAACAGAUCUCGAACCUGUUCGCUCAAAGGAAUGGUUCGAUAUGGAAGAGAAAACCCCAUCUUGGAUUCAAAUCACUAGGAGGAUUGACGGCCAUGGCUUUAAGCUAGAAUUCGUCAAUGAUCUUGAAUGCGACUGGCUGCCCAGAGCAAAAGAGGCAAGACUAUGGUGA